UUCCUCCUUUCUCUAAAGCAAUUUUCCAAAAAACAUGGAUUUCCAUAGCCAAAAACUAUAUGCCCCCAAGCACAACAAAAAGAGGCUGAACCAAGAGCAAGUAAGGGAGCUUGAGAAAAGCUUCGCUGCCAACAAGAAGCUGGAACCUGAGCUCAAGCUUCACCUUGCCAACCAGCUUGGAGUUCCACCAAGACAAGUGGCUAUCUGGUACCAGAACAAGCGAGCCCGGUGGAAGACACAAAACUUGGAACUUGACUACAACACCCUCCAAGUGAAACUAGAGAAUGCAUUGUCCGAGAAGCGAAUGCUUGAGAAAGAUGUCAAGCAUCUUCAAGAAGAGUUAAGGAAAGCUCAAGAGAUGAUGUUUUCCAUGAAUAAUUACCAGAAAGAUCCUCGCCACCAUCCUCCUCCUUUCGUUUCUUGCACUUCAGCAGGGUCUAGUGAAGAAGGAGGGAGCUCUAGCUUUCAUGAGGAUAAUGUUCAUGAUCAUGAGGUUUUGCAGAUUGAUGAACUCUACGCUUGUUUGAUUGGUGCAGAUAGGUCUACUUGGAGCUAAGGUGGUUGUGGGAAAACUUGUUCUUUAUUGCAAUAACAAGUUUCUUGUUGCCUGUCUUUGUAAGAAAAUAGUAGACUUUUUUAGGCAGUGUUUGCUCUGAAGGACAGAACGGAUAAAUGGACAAACAAUCAUUCAAUAGCUAAGUUAUGAAGUAAAUUGAAGCGGUUGGAUUUAAAAAAAAAAAAAGAAAAACAAAAACUUUUCCAACUUUUAUCCUUCUUGCCAAACACAACUUUAGUUGGAUUAAUUCCUUAAUGUUAAUUUCCAGUAGCCUAUUACAUCAAAAAUUUUAAUGUCUUUGUUAUAUGAUUUUGGAGUGACCAUAA